AUGUCCACCUCGAUUCUCAGAUUGGUCUCUUCGGCCGCCGUCGCUACCCGUCCUCUCUCCGUCCUUCGAACGGCAACCAUUCCUCGUGCCGUCGUCUCUCGAUAUGCUGCUCCCUCCGCGACAUUGGGUGUGAGGGGUUAUUCGAGUGCCCACGACGAAGAGACUUUCGAGGAGUUUACUGCUAGGUAUGAGAAGGAAUUCGAUGGUGUACAGGAUGUUUUCGAGCUCCAGCGAAACCUGAACAACUGCUUCGCAUACGAUCUUGUCCCAUCCACCUCUGUCAUCGAGGCUGCCCUUCGUGCCGCCAGACGGGUGAAUGACUUCCCCACUGCCGUCAGAAUCUUUGAAGGCAUUAGAGCUAAGGUCGAGAACAACGUUCAAUACGAGCAGUACCUCUCGGAACUUAAGCCCUUAAGAGAGGAGCUUGGUGUACAGCUUUCCGAGGAACUGUACCCACCUGCCGCUAAGAAAUAG